AUUCAACGCCAGGCUUACUUUUGCCUUGCGUUGUUGCGAGUUAACCUUCCUAAAGGACGGUCUUUUCCUUAUUUAGACACUCACUUUGUCUAUAUUGAUUCGGCUGACGCAAUAACAUGGAAUCUUAUUCACAAUUAAAUAGGGCUCAGUUGAGCUUCGAUUAUUUGCACACUAACUCCACUACUCACGAGUUCCUUUUUGGGGCGAUAGCUGAGCUCAUUGACAACUCGCGUGAUGCUGGCGCCACGGAGCUAGACAUUUACACCAUUAAAGACAGUUCUGUGCGAGGAAACUUUUUACUCUGUUUUGCCGACAAUGGCUGUGGAAUGUCUCCAGAGGAAGUUAAAAAUGUCAUCAUUUUUGGCAAGUCGUUGAAAAAGUCUGACGAAACCACUGCCAUCGGUAUGUACGGCAAUGGCCUAAAAUCUGGCUCAAUGCGCAUCGGAAAUGAUAUGAUGUUAUUCACAAAAAAGGACGGUAUUUAUACCUGCUUGUUCCUGUCCCGCAGCUUUCACGAAGAGGAGAAGUUGGAUGAGGUUGUUGUUCCGUUACCUUCUUUCAAAGGGCAGGAAAAAACACCUAUCGCUGAAACGCACGAGGAAAAAAAGAAACACGAGCUCGAAAUUCACCUCAUACUGAAAUAUUCGCCAUUUCGUUGUCUAAAGGACUUUUUUGCGCAGUUCGAUAAGUUGAAGGAGGCUUCGGGUACUGUGGUUAUCAUAUACAACAUGAAGCUGCUUGAUCAUGGCGUACCUGAGUUGGACAUUCUCACCAAUCCGCGAGACAUUAUUCUUACUUCAGGCGCUGAGAAUGAAGAAUCAGUAGAGCCAGACGCCGAACUCAUGCUUCCACCGGAACGGCGCAGCUUGAGAGCCUAUAUAUCUAUUCUGUACUCUGAUCCGCGCAUGAAGGUUUAUCUACAAGGUCGCAAAGUACAAACAAAGCGCCUUCUAGCCACUCUGUACAAUCCUAGGAAAUACAAUUUCGCUAGCAAAACUUUUCGUACUCGCGCGGAAGCUGACUUGAGUAAAGCCAAGAACGACGUCAAAAUCGGCAAGUGCUCGAUAUUUUUUAUGCGGAUUUUGUUUAACACCUUUUAUCCACACAACUUUGUAGCACACAUUGGAUCCCACCAUUAA